CCCUGGCAGCGUCGCAGGCCGCGGCAAUGGCGGCCCCCACGGCCCAGGCGUGAACCCGCCCGCCCGCCGCUGCCGCUGACACCAUUAGUAUCUCCUGUGUCAUCACCCAAAAGUCAUCAGCAGCUGCAUGCUGAGGAUGUUCAAGGAUUUGAACACAACACUCGGACAUCCAUCCCACGAGGGACCAUGAUGGGGGGAAAGAUGCCAGCUUCUCUAAGAAAACUGCGGCAAAUGGCUAUUUUUAUGGGAGUGUUCAGCGGUGGGGGAUGUGUGGUGAUGUAUAAUCUUAUGCAAAAAGGUUUUGCCAGGACCCAGUAUUAUCAGCAGGGUUUGGAGCAACUCAACAACAAUCCUGCUGCCCUGGAAGCCCUGGGUGCUCCCCCUCUAAAGGUUCACAACAUCCGACUGACAGAUGGGAGUAACCGUGUGGACACAGAAAGAGCACAGAUAAAGUUACCCGUAUCUGGAACAAAAUCAGCGGGGUACCUCUACAUUGACUCAGAAAUGGACCACUCCCGUCAAUGCUGGUGCCUUCAGGAUGUCACCUUGAAACUCCGGGAUGGGCAGAAUAUUUCACUCUACCAUUCCCCGGUGAAAAGCAUCAGUGUGCAAGGAGGCUAAUGGUCCAAGGCAGCUGCUUCUCCACCUCCUACUGAACCGAAGGAGCCAUUAAUUGAUUGCAUCAUGCUGUGUACAGGGAUGCACGCCGGUGUUGCAAAGGACAAUGUCACUGAAGUGGAUGCUCCAAAGACAGUUCUGUCUCCAACACUGACCUGUGUUAUUAUUGUCAUGAUUGUAUGUUCAGCAAAAGCCUCAAAUAAAGAUAUUGCAACAAGAGUUGCUGUUCCAAAGGC